AUGGACUGUACUAAACACAAGGAUUUUCUGGAAUCUAAGGGAUGCUUUGCCAACACAACGUCCUCUGGCCAGAGGGUCAGCCCCUCAUCUUCUGUUGUUACAAGUCCAAGUGUCAGUGAGUCUCCAGGCCCCUGCAAAGUGUCUGCUCACUCAGACCCUGCUGCAGAUUUGGAUCUGAAAUCCUCCUGCUCACAUUCUGAUCACUCCUCUGAAACCUCACUGCCUGAAAUCCAAAAGGAUAAAUAUCUCGGGGAAUUUAGCCUGCUAAAGUUGCAGACAAAAGAUGGGAAGCGUCCUGAGUGGACAUUUUACCCGAGGUUUAGCAGCAAUAUCCACACCUACCACGUUGGAAAGCAGUGCUUCUUUAAGGGGGUCUUCCUCGGCAAUAGGAGGUCUCAAUCAGAGAGGACGGUGGACAAGUGCCUUGGGAGGAAGAAAUACGAUAUUGAUCCCAGGAAUGGAAUCCCGAAGUUAACUCCAGGAGAUAAUCCAUAUAUGUACCCAGAACAGAGUAAGGGCUUCCACAAAGUAGGAUCAACUCUCCCACCAGUGAAUUUUUCAUUAGCGCCUUAUGAAAAGAAAUUUGAUACAUUUAUUCCACUUGAGCCUCUCCCACAAAUUCCCAACUUGCCUUUCUGGGUGAAGGAGAAGGCCAACAAGCUGAACAAUGAGAUCAGAGAAGUUGAGGAGCUUGACAACUGGCAGCCAGCAAUCCCUUUGAUACACAGUUUAUACUCCGCUGGUGCUUUGGACACUUCAAGACAAUCCUGAGCAGAAACAGGCCCCCCGAGCAUGUACCCGAGCACUCUGGAGAGCCUCUUCCAGCUGAUUGGAAGUCACACUUCUGUCAUUGUGACUGUGUUUUCAAUCAGAUGUUGGACUUCCAUGAGGAAUCACUGUGCUUUGCUUUCUUUAACUUUAUAUUUUGAAAACUUUCAAACUUACAGAAAAAUUGUGAGAAUCGUACAAUGAACAAAUACCUACACAUCCU